AUGUCCAUGAAGAGGCUUUACAUUGCUUCCCUUUUGGGAGCUCUGGUACUGCACUCAUGCAUGUUUGAGUUAGCCAUUUGUGCCUCAAACUACACUGAUCAAUUGGCUCUCCUAGCCUUCAAGUCCUCAAUCAACUUUGAUCCCAACAAUGUUUUGAGCAAUUGGACCAAAGAAACCAACUUCUGUGAUUGGUUUGGGAUCUUAUGUAGCCGACGAAGGCAAAGAGUCACAAGUUUGCGCCUUCGCAACACGGGUCUCCGAGGCACCAUAUCUCCUCAUGUUGGAAACCUUUCCUUCCUCCAAGUGCUCGAUAUUCGCAACAACAGCUUUCAUGGUCAUCUGACAGUUGAAUUUGAACGUUUGCGUCGUUUGAGAAAACUCAUAGUACAACAGAACAUGUUGGAAGGAAGCAUCCCUGUGGAGUUACACCGGUGUCAGAAUCUUCAAGUUAUAUCUCUUGAAGGAAAUAAUUUUAGUGGCAACAUACCAAAAGAUUUGGGUACACUACCCUUUCUGCGUAUUCUGUAUCUCGGGCGAAACAACCUACAAGGUACCAUUCCACCUUUCUUUGGCAACACUACUAGCUUGAAAGAGUUUGGAGUAGAAUCUAACAACAUUUAUGGAAACAUUCCAAUAGAACUAUCACUACUUCCAAAUCUAAGUGGAUUAUACUGUCAAUACAAUCAUCUCACGGGUUCAAUACCUCGUGCAAUUUUUAACAAGUCUUCACUGAUUUUAAUUAGCCUGAAUAUGAAUGCCUUUUCUGGAAAUCUUCCAACCACUACAGGGCUAUGGCUUCCUAAUCUUGAAAUCCUUAGCUUAGCAGACAAUCUAUUAGUUGGAGAAAUCCCUUCUUAUUUAUCCAAUUCUACUAAGCUUACUUGGUUACUUCUACCUCGUAACUUAUUUACUGGACCAAUACCUAAAAGUUUAGGCAAUCUAAAUCUCAUUGAAAGGCUGAAAUUGGAAGGCAAUCAACUGACAACUGAACCAGGAAGUACCCAACUUAGUUUUAUCAUAGCUUUGACAAACUGCACUUCCUUGCAAAAAUUGUUCGUAGGAGAAAAUAAAUUUAGUGGCACAAUACCCAAUUCUAUUGGGAAUUUUUCGAUGUCCUUGCAAGUGCUUGAUGUAUCCGAAUGCCAAUUAAUGGGUCAAAUUCCCAAAGAGAUUGGUUCUUUGAGAAAUUUGAAUGAACUUUCGUUAGCAGGAAGCAAUCUAAAUGGGAACAUCCCUUCAACUAUUUGA